UAAUGUUCGGGUAAAAUUUGGCGCAAGUUCCAAAAAAUAAAGUAAAAAAUGCAUUUAUUUUCAAACGGUGUUAUACUAUUUAAAAUGAGUUCAUGCAAUGGCAGACAAUGUGGACCUUUUUGAAGUUGUGCCACCGUCCCCUGUUAACACAUCCACACAGAUCUCGCAGCGAACAAGUAGACUUCCAUUAUUUCCUAGACUACCGUCUUUGGACCUAGAAUUGGAUAUUAGUGAAGUAGAUGUAGAGCCAUUAUCGCCCAUAGCAACUGUGUAUGCAGGUCAAAGAAAUCAAAAUAAUAGCGGCAACAGAACUCACAGUACAAGUGGAUCGGAUCUCAGUGAUUGGCUGAUUAGAGAGAGACGAGAACCUAAUAGUAGAGACGUGCAACCCGGACAGGCUGUUGACCAUGUUAUUGAGUUACUAAUAGAUGAUGACAAUUCCAGACCAUCUUCUGUCAACAGUGAGGUUAUAUCUAUUGCUGAUGGAUCGUCAGAUAUAGAACAUAUUAGUGAUUCUGGUGAUGAUGCAGCAGAUGGUGAUAGAAAUGAUGACACAGUUGUAAACAGACCAGCCAACCCUGAACCUCCAGAAGAGCUAGGAGAGCCAGCUGGUCAAAUAAGCCUUGAAGAUCACGCCUAUCCCUCAAACACAUCAGUCCAGACAUCAGAUGUUGCCCCAGCUGUUGCACAGGUGACAGAACCAUCAACUGUUACCCCAGUUACACCUGGACCUAGUACUGUUACUCCUCUACCUAUUGUACAAGUUCUUGGUGGUCAAGGGCAGUCACCCGCUGAUUUUAGAAGCCCUAAGCGGAAGAGAGUUCACUCCCCUGAAAAAUCUUCAGUAAGUGGAGAUAAGAAAGUAGAAGAGGAUGAAGAUGAAGGAGAAACAUGCCCUAUUUGUUUUGAUACAUGGACAACAUCUGGUCUUCACAGGUUAUGCUCAUUAAGAUGUGGUCAUCUGUUUGGACAAAGUUGUAUAGAGAAGUGGUUGAAAGGUCAAGGUGGAAAAUGUCCGCAAUGUAAUGCCAAGGCGAAACGACAAGAUAUCAGAGUGUUGUAUGCAAAAUCUAUAAAGGCUUUGGACACAUCAGAGAGAGACAGGGCACUGAAGGACCUAGAGAAGGAGAGAGAUGCAAAACGUAAAGCAGAAAUGGAAGGGGCACAAAUACGCUUACAGUACCAAAUGACCAUAGAGGAAAAUAACAGGCUCAAGCUGGAAAUAGAAAUGUUGAAGUCACAACUCCGAAAAUCUGGUGGUACCGGUGCAGCGGGAUUGAAUGUAGGGAAGAAAGUUGACAGUGUUCUUACAGGGUUGAAAUUGUCACAAGUUGCUGGACAAUUUGUGCUAGACAAAACAAUCAAAAUAUGGGAUGCUGGUAACUGUCGUGUUAUGGCACACUGUCCUUCACUGGCCACCAUAGUUGCUUCACAGCCAUCUUCCAGCCCACUAUUUCCAGGGUUUGGUGUGAAAAAGAUAUGCACGUUAGAUUUUAAAACAUCUCAGUACAUAACGAUUCACAAUAAAGCAAUAAGAGAUGUGGCAUUUCAUCCCACUGUGGAAGACGGCAUGUUGCUAUCGUGUGGGCUGGAUAAAAAAGUGAAGAUGACUAGUCUGCUUAGUAACGCUGUCGUUCAAACAUACGAGACUGCUAUGCCAGCAUGGAGUUGUGUAUGGAACGCUCAAGACCGGAACUAUUUCUAUGCCGGUCAACAAAAUGGACUCGUUCUAGAGUUUGAUAUCCGAAAUACCGAGGGUCCAGUCCAAGAAUUUAACAGCGAGGGUAGCCGAUCUCCAGUUGCCUCACUGUGUUAUAUGACAGAAGAUAUGAGUGCAGAUUUCAGAUCUGGUGGUUUGUUAAUUGGACAAUUGGAUAAGUUAUCAUUCUUUGAAAAGUUGCCAAACAACCAGCAUAGACUUCAUUUACUGCCACUAGAGGGCAGUCUGACUAGUUUACACAUCGAGCCGAACACCCGGCAUAUUCUCGCCAGUUAUCGACCGACUGUCCGCCACCCGACGAUACGGCAUCAGCUGUGUGAAUUGAUCUCGAGAAAUAUUAGCACGGAGCCUACUGUGAUAGAUAAUGUUUGUAGUUGUAAUGUGAUACAUACGUUCCACGGGGGUCGUACCCAGACCGUCCUCUCAAAGACAAUCGUGCAGCAGCAUCCAGCUGAUAAGAGCAGGUUACUGGUGUGUGCUGGAGAUGAAACUAACAAUAGUGUCCAUCUUUGGGACUCUGCCACAGGUCAGCUAUCACAGAGACUUAUAACAGGGGGUGUUACUGUAGACAUGUGCUCAAUGAAUAUAAACAAUACCUCAUACCUGGCUGCUUUAACCGAUAAACAAUUAAAAGUUUAUAAAUGGACCUGAUAAACAUAAAAUGGUGUGCCUUUUAACAAGGGGGGUAAUUGUUGGAUAUAUUAGUGAAUGAAACUAUAUAACAGGGGGAAGUAACUGUUGGAUAUAUUAGUGAAUGAGGGAAAUUUGUUCAAGGAAAUUAAACAUUACCUCAGAAUACUCUGUAGCUUUAAGAGAUAAACAACUUAAAGGUUACGAAUGGACUUGAUACAUUAUGUGCUCAAUUGUUAAUGUCAUUUUAACAAGGGAAGUAACUAUUGCAUAUGUUAGUGAGAGUCUGUAUUACAGGGGAAGUAACUGAUGAAUUGUGUGUCCAAUUUAAAGUCUACAAAUGGACCUAAAAACAAGAUUUCAUCAGCAGAAUAAGAAUAACAAACAAGGGAAGUUACUCUAAUCAGACUGAUAGCAGGGGAAGAAACUGUGGACUAUGUUCAAUGAACAUGGAUACCUCCGGCUACAGGAGAGCAAUUGAAAGGAGAAAUAGACUUGUUGAAAAGCUUUGUAGUCAGACUAUUUUCUAAAUGAGAAUUAUAAACUAGGGGAGUAACUGUGAAGAGACUAGCUUAAGAGGGAGAAAUAUCUUUGAACAUGUGUUCCUGGAAAAUAUUCAGAACUUACAAUACUUUGUACUCAUACAUGUAUGCUCUUGUUAAGUGAAAGUGUUAAGAAAGAAAAUUGAAAGUGUUCAAGUAGAUUUGCUGGAAAAAGAAUACAACUUACUGCUUUAUUAGCCAUAUAAGAAAUCCAGAGGGCUUUACCUUUGUGUAGUAAUAUAUAGUGGUGUUCGUGACAGAGUGGUUUAGGUCGUUGACUUCAAAUCACUUGCCUUUCAGUCUCACUGUUGUGGGUUAAAGUCCCACCAGGAACUUUGGAUUAUUUCACCCAGCUAGCUUAUGGACAGUCAUUGGUUCUACUUGGGUGACCAUUUAUGCCUGAAGUAUAUACAUUAUACAUGUAAAGUAUAUACAUAUAUUUUGUAUAAAAUUGUCAGGUUGGAGGCAUGCUUUGUAAAUACUGUGUCAAAAUUUUUAUACCAUGGUUCUUUCAGGGAAGUGGGGUCUAUUAGUUGAUGCAUUCAUUAUAAACUGAACAUUUAU